AUGACACCGAUGACGCUGCCCGCGGGCCCCAAGCGGCGCCGGUCCCUGGACCUGCACUUCAACGCCGUGAUGGCGAGCUGCGGCUCGAAGCUCAGCGACCCCGCCAGGUGCAACAAGGCAGUGGAGAAGUCCGCCUCCUCUGUUUUCGUGCAGCUGCAUGUGGAGGCCAGGAUCGAUGAAAAGGUGCCUCCGCUCACGAAGCAGGAGACGACGGAAUUUAAGGAUCGCUUUCAGGAGCUGGUGGUUGGGGACUCCAAGCGAGUCGUCACCAAAACCUCCAGAUCAGCGCAGUACUCCGGCUGGAAAAAUCUGGUGCAGAAUGGCUACAUGGCCAUGAGACCAGUGGUGCCCAAAUCCCUGGCGACGACCAUCAACAAGCUGAACAGCAGUGGAGAAUCCACUUGGAAGGCAUCCUAUGACCCAUCCUUCGUGAAAGUGUCUGUGGCCAAAGGCAAGACCAAGCUCGGAUUUGAGAUGAGCAAGGAGGAGGAGGAGCAGAUGAAGAAUCACACGCUGAGUAUGCUGCAGGAGGAUCUGGCGCAAUUUAGUGAGGAGGAGCUGAGCCGAGAUGCCUUUGCUCAAGAAUUUGACGUCAGAGAGAAUUGGCCGGAGUGCAAGCCGAUCACGACACAUGUCCGAUACCAAACUUGUAACAACUGCUGGAGCCACUCGACGGCCCUCAUCACUGAGAGCCGGCUCUGCAUUGAAAGCAGGGGACAGUUCAAUGGCGACAACGCCUGGCUGAGUCAGUCCUUCAUCGCAGCUUGCAGGUUGGAUGGCCGGGAUUACUGCAUGGGAGGCUCCGGUCUGCUGGGAUUCCAGACCGUGUCCAGGUGGGGCGUGCCCACAGGAGGGCCGGACUUCCGCGGCAACAUGAAGGAGGGCAUCGAGACCUGCUACCCCCAGAUCCUGCCCCACGACGACGAUAUCCGCUGCCCGGGCGCCUGCUCGCCCUAUGCGAAGUACCCCAGGGCCAUGGACAAGGACCUCUUCUAUGUCCAGUAUCAGCCCCGGGCCUUGCAUCCUUCCGGCACGCAAGUGCCGCACCUGGUGCAGCAGGCACUGAUGCAGGACGGGCCAAUCCUCCUGGGCAUGCGAAUCUACCAGGACUUUUACGCCUAUGAGUCAGGCAUCUACCGGCCGACAAAGAAGAGCUGGAAUCUCUAUAUGGGAGGCCAUGCUGUGACAGGAAUGGGCUUCGGACCAGGCUAUGUACUUGCCGUGAAUUCUUGGAGCACAGCGUGGGGAAUGAAUGGCGCCUUUCACGUUGCGCCGGAUGCGGUGGACUUCGGGUACUUCCUGCCGGGUCAUCCACUGGGGACUUUCCAGGGAAUCGAGGCACGUGACUUGGUCUACGUGCCGAGCGAGGGCAAGGUGCCCUUCAUUCCAGGCACUGUCCUAGAGGUGAAAGGCUCCGAAGUGGUGGUGGAGGCCAGCGGCGCCCACGUUGCGACGCCUUGCGCCUCUUUGAGACGUCGCUUCGGCGGCGAGAGCUGCCAAGACAACACUUCGCUGGUGCACCUCAAUGACGCUGCGAUCCUGCAAAACCUCAAGCUUCGACACGAGGCGGAUCAAAUUUAUACCUACACCGCCAGCGUGCUGCUGGCUGUGAACCCUUAUCACGACAUAGAAGGGCUUUAUGGCAGUGACCAGUGCGCCCGAUAUCGCGGGAAGCACAUAGGAGCAUUGCCGCCGCAUCCGUAUGCAAUCGCGGAUACCGCCUACCGGGCUUUGGUGCGCGAGCGCAAGAACCAGGGCUUCAUCAUUUCGGGGGAGAGCGGUGCUGGGAAGACGGAGACGUCGAAGAUUGUGAUGCAGUACCUGGGCUUCAUCUCUGGCUCCAGCGAUGCCACAACCGCAGGCAUCCAACAUCGGAUUCUGCAAGCGCAGCCCAUCCUGGAGUCGUUUGGCAACGCGGUUACGAUGAGGAACCACAACUCGUCGCGCUUUGGCAAGUACAACCGCAUCUUCUUCGACGAUGCCGGCACGCUGGUAGACGCCGGAGUGACCACGUACCUUCUCGAAAGUUCUCGGGUGGUCCUGCAUAGCAAGUCGGAGCGGAACUACCACUGCUUCUACGAGAUGCUCUGCGGUCUGCCGGAAGCGAAGCUGGGCGAUUUGCAUCUGGCGCGCGGGAGGAGGUACCUGCUCCUGGCCAACGACAGCCAGGAAGACCACUCAGAUGAGCAAGCCUGGCAGAGCCAGUUUCAGGACCGAGACAAAAGGAACUUCCGGCGGUUGUGCGAUGCCUUGGCGGUGGUUGGCUUUACAGCGGAGGACAUGGAUGCCAUAUUUCAGGUGCUUGCGGGCUUAGUGCAUUUGGGAGAUCUAUCUUCCGCUGAACGAGACGAAGGCGAUGAAAGCUCAACUGUGUCGCUGGAUGAAGAGACGCUGGAAAAGGCGGCGGAGCUGCUGGGCCUGGACUGCGAGCGGCUGGGGGCGGCGCUGCGGCGCCGCACCGUGCGCGUGCUGCACCCGGGAAGGGAGUCCCUGCACAAGGUGCCGCGCACGACCUCGCAGUUUCGCCACGCUCUUCACAGCCUGAUCAAGGCCCUGUACAAGCGCCUUUUCGACCGCCUGGUACAGCGGAUCAACAGCUCGUUCAAAGAGCUGCGUACUGCCCACUUGGAGGAGGAGUCUAGACGCGAGAUCGGCAUCCUUGACAUCUAUGGCUUUGAGAGACUUGAGCGCAACUCAUUUGAGCAGCUUUGCAUCAAUUUGGCCAACGAGCGUCUGCAGCAAUACUUCGUGGAGAACGUCCUGGUGGCGGAGCAGGCGCUGUACCGGCGGGAGGGUCUGCCCUGGCACGGCCUGCAGCUGCCGGACGCGGCGCCGGUGGUGUCCGCCAUUUCCCACACCUUCCGGAUCCUGGACGAGUACAGCCAGCAGCUCGCAAAAGGCUUCGAAAAGACCUCGGAUGAAAGCUUCUGUCAGAGAACCGUGGACGAGGCUCAGAAGGACCCUCAGCGCAGGGAGCUCUUGCGCCAGCUGCGGAUGUCCAAGCGCCGCAAUGACCAGCCGGGUCUCAACGAGGGCUUCGUGAUUAAGCACUAUGCCGGCUGCGUUGAGUACAACACGAAGGGAUGGCUGGACAAGAACAACGAUCGGCUGCUGCCGGAGUGCGAGGAGCUGAUCGGCGACUCCACAGUGGCUCUGGUGGCUUCUCUCAAAGAUGACGACCCGGGCAAGGCACCGUUUCGUUCCAUCAGCAAGAAGUACUGCUCCGACCUCGAGAACCUGCUGCAGACGCUGGGCGUUUGCCACCUGCACUACAUUCGCUGCUUCAAGCCCAACGAUUUCCAGCAAGCCGGCGUCUUCGAUGAACGCCUCGUGCUGGACCAGAUUGUGCAGUGCGGCACGGUGGAGCUGGUGAAGAUCAUGCACGAUGGCUACCCCAACCGCUGCCGCUUCGACGAGAUGCUUCGCUUCCGCAGUUUGCUGCCUGAGAGUUUCCACCGCUACGGCACUCGUACCUUCAUUGAAGCUCUCCUGCUGGCAUACGACGUGCCCACGGAGGACUGGGUGCUGGGCAUGUCGCGGCUCUUCCUCCGGGCUGGGCAGCUGAAGGCCCUUGAGGACCUCCGUUCUGCAGGCGCCGCCCCGGACACCGAGAAGCUGCGGCGCAUCGUGCGGCGGAUCGUGCGGAAGCGCUGGGUCCGCGCCAGGCACGCGGUGCAGCUGUGCCUCUACCUGCCCAGGUUCCUGGCCAGCCUCCGGGCAGCUCGUGCCCAGAAGGCCCUGGCCAGCCGCGGGCUGCUGCUUGGGAGGCUCAGGGCGCAGCUUCAGGCGGCGAGGCUGCGGGUGCGCGAGCGGCGCCGGCGCGCACUUUGCCGCUUCCGUGGUGCCGUUCGGGCAGUUUGGCUGGCGCAGAGGCUGAUGGUGCAGGCACGCGCGCAGCGGCUGCAGAGAGCUCUGCACAUGUUCUCGCGGUUGCGUACCAGGCUUCACAGCUGGGCGUGCUGCAAAGUGGAGGCCCAACGCGAAGAAGAGAGAAGACUUGCAAGAUUGGAGGAGGAAAAGAGACAGGCAGCCAUUGAAGAGGCCCAACGCGAAGAAGAGAGAAGACUUGCAAGAUUGGAGGCUCAGCGCGAAGAAGAGAGGCUGGCAAGAUUGGAGAAGGAAAGGAGACAGACCGCCAUUGAAGAGGCCGGGAAUCUGCGGUGCGCGGUGCGCGCGGUGCCGCGCUUCAGCGAUGGCCGUGUGGCCGCGCUGCACGCGGAGCAACUGGCGCCCAUGACGGUGGCCAUGCGCCGCGGGAUCAGCGACUUGAAGCUGGCUGGAAUCGACCGCAUGGAGUUUUAUGACAUCGUGGAGUCCGAGUUUGACGAGGAAAGAGUCCACUUCAACGCAGCCAAAGCCGUUGCAAAUGGGUGGCAGCUGGAGCCGGAGAUUGGAGCUCGACUUCUGGCAUCUUUGCGCCUGGGCCCGGAGGACGUGCUGCUGGACCUGGGCUGCUCCACCGGCGCCUUCGCGCUGCUGGCGGCGCGCCUGGCGCCGGUGCGGGAGGUGCUGGGCGUGGAGCUCUCGGCCGCGCGCUGCGCGGAGGCGCGGAGGGCGGCGGCGCGGCUGCGGGCGGUGGAGCCGAAGGCGGCCAAGGUCAGCUUCUUGCAGGGAGACUUCAAUGCGAUCGGAGAGGACGAGAUCGACGCAGCCGUGCAGCGCGCGACCGUUGCCUACUUUGCCAGUGACAGUCUGGCUGCCUACAAUCUGACCACCGGCGAAGCAGUUUGCAGGCCCUUGGAGAGUGUUCCUGUGAUCACGCGGCUUCGACCCGGAACUCGCUUUAUCAGCUUGAGCGUCCUGGCGCCGGAGUUCGAGAUGUGGAUCCUUGGAUCCGACUCCGGGGGUGAAGCGAUGUAG